CAUCCUUCACGGGGUUCGCAGGUGCACGCAGGGGCACACGGCAGCACAGCAGUGCGCCACGCAGCCUACGCGCCCUAAACCCCUGCCCAAACGCCAACUCACGCCGUGACGUGCAGCUCCCGCCGCUCGCGAACAACCCGCAUGCCUGCCACCUGCCUCCCCAAAACGCCACCGCCGCCGCGCCGCUCAAGCCCAACCCAUCAUCCGCGCCUAUAAAUCCACCGCGAACACCCAAAUUCAAGGAUCCACACAAGAACACGACAUAUACUCGAACACGUAGCACGUCCGCAAGAAGCAUUCGAAGAGUAGCCAACGACGAGGAGAAGAUGCAGACGGCGAAGGUGAAGGUGAAGGACAUGGUGAGCUCGGCCAAGGAGAAGGCGAAGGAAGCAACGGCCAGCGCGCAGGGCGAGGCGGGGGAAGCCACGGCGGCCACGCACGGCGAGAAGGAGAUGGCCAAGGAGGAAGAGCGCGCCCGCAAGGCCCAGGCCAGCGCCGACAAGCACCAGGAGAAGGCCGAGCACCGCGCCGACGCCGCCGCUGCCGGACGCCACGGCACGACGCGCGUGCCCUUGUCGGGGCCGCACGGCCACCACGGCGCCCCCGCCGCCGAUUCCGCCUACCCGGCGACGGAGAAACAUCCCGCGUACAUCUAGAUGAUGAUCCUAUGGCUAUGGGCCGGGUCUGGCUAGGAAAGCAGGCAAGCAGCGCUAGUGUUUGUUUUUGUUUGUAGCGAAAAUGAUCGUGGACGUCGAGUGUCUUUGUUGUUUGUAGCAAGAGUGAUCCUAGCCGUCGUUUGGAGUUAGUAGCGGUGCGUGGGUGUAUGCUGUGUGCAGAUGCAUGCGCCGGAGGAAUAGUACUCGUACCACUUAUAUCAGUUGUAAAAUGAAGCUGGGUGUCGUCUCCCAUCUAUGAAGUUCGUUCCAUAUUUGCCUCU